GUGGUUAGGCGGAAGUUGUGUGACGUCACCGGAGAACUUUGCUAUUCGCUGCACGACCGUAGCUAGUUAGCUAAAAUAUCCCAAAUAUACAUUGUUUGUUUUAUCAUUAUUUACCACCACAGUUUGGUGAAGCAGCGACUAACUGCUGCUGUCGAAGAAAUAUUUGUAGUGUUAGAAAGAACGAUAGCAGAAUACGAGGAGGAACUUUCUAGAACAAAAGAGGAGAACGAGCGACAACGUCAACUACUGGACGCUCUUUUCAACAAACAUCAACAAACAGACGUGGGUGAAGCACAGCAGUAGUGGACCUCCGAGAUGAAGCACAUUAAAGAGGAACAGGUGGAGCCACAGCCCCCUCACAUUAAAGAGGAAGACAGCGUUAGUCAGGAUGGCGACCAUCUUCAAGGACUGGAGGACUUCCCAGUUAUUUGUGUGAUUGUGAAGAGUGAAGAAGAAGAGGUCAAAGAUGAAAGUGAGGAGAGGAGUGAGGCGGAGAGACCAAGCAGCAGCUCAACUCAACACCUGACAACAGAAGGUGAUGGUGGAGGAUCACCAGCAGACUUAGCUCCACUGUCAGAUAGUGACGGGACGACGUCUCACUCUGCUGACACUGAUGAAGAUGAAGACUCUGGUAGGACGCGUCACGCUGACAACACUCACUUGAAAUGCUCUCAGUGUGACAAAACCUUUGUUAGCAUUGGAAAUCUGAAGAGACACAUGAGAAGUCAUACCGGAGAGAAACCAUUUGUGUGCUCUGUUUGCCGUAAGAGAUUCUCCCAGAAGGUGCAUUGGAGAGCACACAUGGGAACACACGCCCGAGAGAAACUAUGUUCCUGGCCAGGCUGCAACAAACGUUUGUGUGACAGCUCGGCGUUGGACCGACACAUGAGGACGCACACCAGAGAACAAGCACACUCCUGCUCUGUCUGCGACAAACGUUUUAACGAGCGUAAAGAAUUGGAUCGACACAUGAGAAGACACGCUGAAGAAAAACCCUUCUCCUGUUCAAUCUGCGGUUUGGGUUGCGAACGAAAUGCCGAUUUGAAAGUCCACCUCAGGUUGCACACUGGGGAAAAACCUUUUUCCUGUAAAAUCUGCGGCGUAGGUUUUGCGAGAAACGCAGACUUGACGGUGCACGUGAGACGACACACCGGCGAAAAACCCUUUUCCUGCUCGGUGUGCGGUUUAGGCUUCGUAAGAAAUGGCUAUUUGAAAAUACACAUGAGGAGACACACCGGAGAAAAACCCUUCGGCUGCUCGAGCUGCGACAAGUGCUUCUGUGACCAGACCAACCUUGUGAAACACAUGAGGACGCACACUGGCGAAAAACCAUAUCCCUGCUCAAGCUGCAACAAAAGCUUUGGUGAACAAAAAUACCUGGUAAAACACAUGAGAAUACACACUGGAGAGAAAGUGUUUAGUUGCGGUGUGUGUGAUGAGAGAUUCUCUUAUAAAUACCAGCUGAACAAACACUCGUGUGUCGCCGACAACAGCAGCACUAAAUGAAGCUGCAGGGUUUUGACAAACUUUGAUGACUUUUACUUUCAGUUUCUACCAACACCAGCACAUUUAACAAGAGUUAUGUAUUUGUUGCGUAACAAUCUGUUUCAUCGUCUUCUACCGUGUAAAUGCAAUACAAAUUGAAUAAAAGGUUUUAUAAGUGUCCAAAAAAAACUAUUUUUGGUC